AUGAAUAUCGAAAUAAAUCAAACAACAAUUAUCAAUAACGAUCAAGAUAAAGAAGUAUUUGAAAGUAUUCAAAUAAUAUGUGGCUUAUAUCUUAUACCAAUCGUCUGCGUACCUGGUCUUAUCGGAAAUAUUUUAUGUAUCAUCAUAUUUAUUACAAAUAGUAUGCAACGUUUUCUAACGACACAGUUUCUUCUCUUUUUGGCUAUAACCGAUGUCAUUAAACUUUCAAAUGAUUUGCUCUAUUCUAUUGUACUUAUUAUUCAAGCAUUUAAUCAACAAUAUGGAAAAAAAUUAUUUCUUAUACUCUAUCGUUAUUGCCAUUAUAUUAAUACAGUUUCAACAUUAUGUGCAGCAUGGCUGACAUUGAUUGUUGCUAUUGAGAGAUAUGUAUUAUGUAGUGCAAAUAAUCGCAAGCGUGUUAUUGUUCAAAAGAAUUCUCGUAUUUUAUGUUAUUUAAUUAUAUUUUGCAGUCUUAUUCUAGCUUUGCCUGUCUCAUUUCGUUAUGAAAUUGUUCCAUUAUCAACAAACAAUCAAACGUUAAAUAAUUCUGAUUCUUUAGUGAAUUUAUCAAAAUUUGGUAGUUCACGUUUGUUUCGUGCUUAUUCAAUUACAAUCGAUCUUAUAAGGGCAAUUAUUCCGUCGUUAUUACUUUUUUAUUUAAAUACACGUAUCAUUUAUUUACUUUACCGAAUGAAAUCGUCAGCUGGAACAGCAUUUUCUCGUUUAACAAUCAGUCUCAUUAUUAUAAUUGGAUGUUUUAUCUGUUGCUAUUUUCCUGAUGCUCUUUUAUCACUCAUACUUAACAUGGGUUAUAUUGAUGAAUCUUAUCAAAAGAGAGCAAUAAGAGAAAUCAGUGAUUUUUUUGUUACAUUUAAUUCAGCUGUUAAUUUUCCUGUGUAUUUUUCCAUAUCAUCUACAUUUCAACGUUCAGUUUUACGUUUAUUUGAACGUAAAGGCAAAAGUGUUUCUACUACAGCAUAUGAUGAUGUCCUACUACGACAACAGCAACAACCAUUGAAUAAUAUAAGGAAUAUAGUGUAA